AUGUUCAAGAAACCUAAACCUGUGGUGAUUAUAAAGCCUGAUGCACAGGUGCACAGAGGAGAGACUGUGACAUUUAAAUGUGAGAUACAGAGCGCAAAAGACACUGAGUGGACAUACAGCUUGUAUAAGAAAGAUUACACAAAGAACUCGUACAAAGAAACACAAGAGUUCAUCAUCAGCUCAGUUACAGACUCUGACAGUGGCACAUACAUCUGCAGAGGGAAGAGCCGUGACUCUCAGUUCUCAGUGGACAGUGAUCCUGUUACACUCACUGUAUCAGCAAGACCAAAGCCUGGAGUGAAGGUACAGCCAGCUGACUAUGACAUUGUGUUUACUGGAGAAACUGUCACUUUCUCAUGUGAGAUAAAGACUGGAGGAUCCUGGGAGUAUCACUGGUUCAGGGAUAAUAAUGAACUCAGAGAUGUUAAAGGAAAGAAAAUCUACAAAAUCACUGAUGUUAAAGAGUCUCAUAAAGGUGUUUACACAUGUAAAGGAACACAGUCAUCAGACCCACAAUACACAGAGACUAGUGAUGCUGUUACACUGACUGUAUCAGAAAAACCUAAACCUGAACUCACAUCAGACCUUAAAGGAGCUGCACUGACAGGAAACCCAUUGAUUCUGUACUGUACACUGAAGCUGCAGUCUGCUGGAUGGAAGUUUUACUGGAUCAAACCCACACAGAGCUCUGAGACUGAGACUGAAACACACCAGUACAUCAUCAGUUCAGUUAUUCUCUCUGAUGGAGGUCAGUACAAGUGCAGAGCUGGAAGAGGAAACCCAGUCUACUACACAGACUACAGUGAUGUACUCUGGGUAAAUGUUACUGGUGAAUCUUCUCCAGUGUCUCUGAUCAUCAGACCGAGCAGAACUCAACACUUUACUGCUGAGUCUCUCUCACUGAGCUGUGAGGACCAGAGUGACUCUACUGGAUGGACAGUGAGACGAUACGCAGACAGUAAGACAUGGUUCGAUUGUUCAUCAGUUUCAGGAUCUACAUGUAACAUCAGCUCCCUCUCUACAUCACACACUGGAGUUUACUGGUGUCAGUCUGAAUCUGGAGGACGCAGUAAUUCUGUUAACAUCACAGUGCACAAUGGUGCUGUGAUCCUGGACAGUCCUGUCCAUCCUGUGACUGAGGGACAACCUCUGAUUUUACAUUGUUUAGAUCGCUCAAAACACUUAGGCUCUGGUGUUAAUUUUUAUAAAAAUGAUUCCAUCCUCCAGAACCAGACUACAGGAGAGAUGAUCAUCAGUAGUGUCUCAAAGUCAGAUGAAGGUUUCUAUCACUGUAAACACCCAGAGAGAGGAGAGUCACCGAAAAGCUGGGUUUCAGUCAGAAAUGGAAAAGCUCCAACAUCUGUACUGAAGCUCCUCAGCAGUGUAGCAACAGCCUCCCUGUAUGUGCUGGUGACCAUCAUUCUGGCAGUGAAAUGUUACAGAGCUCGAGCUGAACCCGAUGAGGACAACAGACCAUACAGAGUGAUAGAAGCUGAAACGUCUUUCUGAGUGUCAGGUUAUAACAUUAUCUAAAACAUCUAUCUUUUAAAUAACAGCAGGUUCCAAUGCAACAGAGAACACAUACAUACAUGUCAUGAUGUAGUAAUGAGUGGUUGUGAGGCUUGAAUUUCUCUGAAAGUAUUAAGG